UUUUAAUUGAAGCCACCAUUUUAUUGGUUGUAGGAGUAAAUUUUUUUUUUUUUUUUUUUCCUCCUCUCUUUAACGUCUUGUUUGGGUGAAGUAGGCUUCUGGUGGUAUUCUUUUAAUUAGUAUUUGGUCGUCCUGAUUAGGCGCGGUAGGUGAGUGUCCCCAAAUAAUGUAAGCUCUCGUUUUUAAAUAUAUUCCCAAAUCUCUCAACUCAUUUCAACCAAAUCAAUACCAAAGGCUUCAAACACCCAAUCAAGUCAAGUCAUUCCACACAUUCUUUCUCUUCUGCAUUUUCCAGUUUUCGUCUCUAAUUGGGGCAAAAACCCCUCAGCCGGCGCAAGUUAGCAUAACAGGGAGGCGCAAGUUAGCAUAAGAGGGAAGGUUAGCAGGACAAGGGGCGCGCAGGUUAGCAAGGGGAAGAUGAGGAUCGUGGUGAGGGAGUCGACUAUGGUGCGCCCGGCGGAGGAGACGCCGAGGCAGGGGCUCUGGAACUCGAACGUGGACCUGGUGGUGCCCAACUUCCACACCCCGAGCGUAUACUUCUACCGGCCCACCGCCGCCGCCGACUUCUUCGAUGCCACAGUCCUCAAGCACGCACUCGCCCGAGCUCUCGUGCCAUUCUACCCCAUGGCCGGGCGGCUCAGGCGGGACGAGGACGGCCGAAUCGAGAUCGAUUGCCAAGGCCAGGGCGUGCUCUUCGUCGAGGCCGAGACGGACUCUGUUGUCGACGAUUUCGGUGACUUCGCACCCACCUUGGAGCUCCGGCAGCUCAUUCCGGCCGUUGAUUAUUCCGCUGGGAUAUCCUCCUAUGCUCUUCUUGUCUUGCAGGUCACAUAUUUCAAAUGUGGUGGAGUGUCACUUGGCGUUGGCAUGCAACAUCAUGUAGCAGAUGGAGCUUCUGGUCUCCAUUUCAUCAACACAUGGUCUGAUAUGGCUCGUGGUCUUGACCUCACAAUCCCGCCGUUCAUUGACCGGACCCUACUUCGCGCCCGAGACCCCCCCCAGCCUGUAUUCAAACACGUUGAAUACCAGCCCCCUCCUGCCAUGAUAGCCCCUCCGCAUACCACAAAAUCUCAAUUGGUGCCUGAGGCAACUGUUUCCAUUUUCAAAUUAACCCGGGAGCAAAUCAGCACUCUCAAAGCCAAGUCAAAGGAAGAUGGGAACACGGUUAACUAUAGCUCAUACGAAAUGCUUUCUGGACACGUGUGGCGCUGCACGUGCAAGGCACGUGGACUUACAGAAGAUCAAGAAACCAAGUUGUACAUUGCAACAGAUGGACGUGCCAGACUCCGACCCGCUCUCCCACCAGGCUACUUUGGCAAUGUGAUUUUUACUACCACUCCUACAGCUGUAGCCGGUGAUCUUCAAUCAAAGCCCCUCUGGUAUUCUGCAAGUAGAAUUCAUGAUGCAUUGGCGCGGAUGGACGACAAUUACCUAAGGUCUGCUCUUGAUUACUUGGAAUUGCAGCCUGAUCUAAAAGCCCUUGUCCGUGGGGCUCAUACCUUUAGGUGCCCAAAUCUUGGGAUAACCAGCUGGGUUAGGCUGCCCAUCCACGAUGCGGAUUUUGGCUGGGGCCGACCAAUUUUCAUGGGACCUGGUGGGAUUGCAUAUGAAGGGUUGGCAUUUAUGUUACCAAGUCCUACUAAUGAUGGGAGCUUAUCAGUUGCAAUUUCACUGCAAACAGAACACAUGAAGCUCUUUGAGAAGUUCUUGUAUGAGAUUUAAAGAAACAAACAGUCUGACCAAUUCGUUCGUGCUGGUUAUAUCAAGCUUGUUAAUUUGGGAAUGGCAAAAAAAUUUCCUUGGUGAUGUUCUUUCAUAGUUUUUUGUUCCGCACAUUGUUUAUGUAAUGAAGCAAAACUCUUAUCUGGGUUGUGAAAUGUGAUCUUAUGUCUUCAACCGCAAAAAAGCCAUGCAAUAGUGCAUGAGAGGAACAUGAGAGCAUUGUACCACCAGAAUGAAAUUGAAUUAGAAUAAGAGUAAUGUUGUUUAAUCUUA